AUGCGGCUAGUCGGCGAAGGAAUCCAGGCAGGGUUCGCGCUGGAGACUCCUCUCGACGACGGGCCGCCAGGCACGGACGGAGCCGACUGGGUGACCGUCGGAAUUCGCGCGUCGGACAUCAUACUUUCGGCUGAGGAGCCGGUCGGGACAUCGGCCCGCAACCGCCUACCGGGCACCGUAACCGAAAUAGAGGUGAGGCCGCCAGGAUACACGGUUGAACUGGACUGCGGCGUUCCCCUUCAAUGCCAUGUAACCGGCGCCUCGCUGGAGGAGAUGGGGAUCAGGGAGGGUCAGCAACUCUGGGCCGUAUUCAAAGCCUCAUCGUGUUUCCUGGUACACGAGCAGGGAAGGUACCCGCUGGUCUUGAGACACCAAGGUUACUCGGGGCAGGUUUUUCAACGUAAACCAGCCGGUUUUCCCAUCCCGACGGCCGUCGGUUGGUCCGCUGGGGCACAGAGCUCACCGGCCCUGUACCUGAAAGUGCUGAGGAGGUCUCCCGUGGCAUUGUCGGACAAGACCAUGGUUUGCGUGGAGUGUGGAAGCGAGUUCAUCUUCACCGUCGGGGAGCAGGAAUUUUUUCAGGCUCGCGGAUUUGGAAACGAACCCAAGCGCUGCCGCAGUUGUCGGGCCGUGCGCCGCACUGAACAGCGGGGCGGCGGGGGCGGCGGUGGCGGGGGCGGCAUGUUGGUUACCAGGAUGGGCCGCGCGAAAUGUAUCCUAUAG